GAAAACGUUUGUCAACUUGUUUAAGUCGAGGUCCACGUUAAUCAAUUCUUGUCAAGUGGAUCUAGUUAAUAGUGUGAGAGUCCAGUCCAUAGUGGGGUCAGCAGGGGAUCAUCUUGAGUGGAGACAAGUCAGCAGCGCAGAGACGUCCCCAACUGAUGCACAGAUGAGUGGUCCACCCCGGGUCCCGACUUUGAACAACUAGCGUGUCAUCUGUGGUCACCUAAUAACCUCUCCACGUAGGAGAGGGGGGCAGAGCAGAAAAAGAGAUGGCAGAUCAACUGGUCUAAAAGGGGAGUCUAUUUAAAGGCUAGCGUAUACAAAUGAGAUGUGAAAGUACCCAUCCCUAGUGAUGCGUUUCAUUGAUAAGCAGCAUUACAAUACUUGAUAAUGCGUCGUUCCUCACUGAGGGCCAAAACAUAAAGAUGAUUAAAGUUUCAUUUUAAUUGUCUACGCGCUGGCCGACUGGCCUCUUUUUCUAUUUUUAUUUUCCUUUUCCUUUCAGUGGGAGGACGCGGGCGGGCGAAGGCGGGGCCGGGGGACCGUCCGCGUCUCCUGGAUGCUGGAGGACGAAAGGCGGGAACAAGACGGCUCCCGUGUCCAGAUAAAGACGUCACGUGACUCACAAGAUACGCCCCUUAGAACAUGGUAAAGUUAGGAUUUGAAUGGGGGGGGUUAGGUGUUGAGGAAAGGAUGGAGCAAAGGAGGCGAGGAAAGGAUGGAUGUAAGUUAGUUUGCAUUCAACACGUGUAGCAGGAAAGUGGAGAGGGGAGGGGGAGAGAGAGAGGGAGGUAGAGAGAGGUUGCUAGGUAACGGGGCGUACAUACUGAAUGUUAAGCAAAGCGGAGAGAGUGAGAGGGACAGUGAGGCGGCAGCAGCAACAUGUAGCCACGCUGUGUGGAUCACAGCUGCACACUGCCUCAGCGUCUGCGUCUUUUCAGGGACGCGCGUCUGUCUCCGUCUGUCUGUGUGUGUGUGUGUGUGUGUGUGUGUGUGUGUGUGUGUGUGUCUAUAUGUGUGUGUGAGUCGGAGGGGGGUGGGGGGUGUGACAUGACGUGUUUGGGCUGGGCUCCCAGGACGUGAUCCCGCCACUGUGAUCGGAGGAUGUCCGGCGGAGGGAUGGACGGAUGGAGUGAGCCAGCAGCGCGAGACGGAGGAGACGAAGGAGGAGAGCCUGGCGCACACUGGUCUCCUCGCCUCAUCAGGUGAAACGCAGCGACACCCGGGCCCCUCCCCUCUCCUUCCCCCACCAGCGGUCACGACCGUCCCUCCUAAUCCCUGCCUGGCCUCACCUGCUAAACCCGAUCCGACAGCGACCACUGGCCCCGCCUUUACCCCAUGGUGGCCCCAAGGCCCGCCUCUCACCUCUCACUGCUGUUGGCUGUCCUGGCCUGCACGGGGCCUGUCCGCCCCUCGCCCCCCCUGCUGCUCCGGCCCCGGGAGAGAGAGAGGGACUCGGGUGGCGUCAACAUCGCCGUGGUCCACUCUGGCUCCUCCCUGCUCCCGGAGACGGCCGCGGUGGGAGGCGCGGGGGCCGGUGAGUCGGGGCCGGGACAGGGGCCCGGUCUCGGAAACGGCCCAGGAGGUGGCGGCGGCGAAAGGGGAGUGAUGGAUACAGCCUCGUUGGCUGGAGCGGUGGCCAUGGCGGCGUUCUCCUCAUCCUCCUCGCUAGCGGCGCUGGUCGGGGAGCUGGUGAUGACGCCGUCGGGCCAAGCUAACGUCAUCUACCUGGCGGUGAACGAAAGCAGCCCAGGAAGCCUCCUGUUGCAGUUGUGUGAGCUGCUGGCCACCACGCCGCUGCAGGGUUUAGUGUUUGAGGAGGAGAGGCCGCCACCCCCCAACCGCGCUCCCCUGGCCCCAAUGCUGGAGUUUGUCUCGGCCCAGACUGGCGUUCCCGUGGUGGCGGUAGGGGGAGGGGCCAGUCUGGGAAGAGAGCCGCAGGAGAGCGGCUCCAUCUACCUGCAGUUCACCUGCUCCACCUCGCUGCAGCUGGAGGUCAUCUUCGAGGUUCUGGAGGAGUACGACUGGACCGUCUUCUCGGUGGUGACCACGCGUCACCAUGGUUACGAGGACUUCCUGGACAUGGUGGAGGGAAUGACGGACGGCUCCUUCAUUGGCUGGGAGAGGAAGAGCGUGGUCAUCCUCAACGUCACCGACGAUCCGGGCGGAGCGCGGACCAAACGUCUGCUGAAAGACAACGAAGCCCAGGUCCGUUUGCUGUACUGCUCCCUGGAGGAGGCCGAGCUGGUGUUCCGGGCGGCCUGGGCGGCGGGGCAGGCCGGGCCCAGUCACAUGUGGUUCGCGGUGGGCCCGGCGCUGUCCGGACUGGGCCUGGAGGGGCUGCCUAAGGCCUUGUUCGCCAUCCGGCCUCAGGGCUGGAGGGACGAGCCGCGCAGGCGCAUCGCCAAGGGUGUCUCCGUGCUGACUCAUGGGGCGAUGGCACUGCGUCGAGACCAGGGGGUCCCCGGCCGCGCCCAGUACGCCGGCAACUGCCAGAGCGACGGAAAUCAGACCCAGCGAGUGACUGGCAGAAUCAGGUACUUCACCAACAUCUCCAUCGGGGGGCGGGACUACUCCUUCAACAACGACGGCUACCUGUCCAACCCGCUGCUCGACGUGAUCUCCUACAACAAUGGGCGAGGAUGGGAAGAGGUUGGCUCAUGGGAGAACGGCCACCUGCGGCUUCGAUACCACCCUUGGUCACGUUAUGGCUCCUUCCUGAAGCCGCUUGACGACGCCCAGCACCUGCGCGUGGUCACACUGGAGGAGAGGCCCUUUGUCAUCGUGGAGCCGGCCGACCCGGGUACCAGUUCUUGCAUCCGGGACUCGGUGCCCUGCCGCAUGCCUCUCAACUCCAGCGUGCCGGUGGACAGCAGCGCCCCCAUGAAGCACUGCUGCAAAGGCUUCUGCAUCGACGUGCUCAAGAGGCUGGCCAAGAUUGUGGGCUUCACCUACGACCUCUACUUGGUCACCAACGGCCGACACGGCAAGAACAUCGACGGGGAGUGGAACGGCAUGGUGGGGGAGGUGGUGUCCAACCGGGCCGACAUGGCCAUCGGCUCGCUCACCAUCAACGAGGAGCGCUCAGAGGUAGUGGAGUUUUCCGUUCCCUUCGUGGAGACGGGCAUUAGCGUGAUGGUUUCCCGCAGCAACGGCACCGUGUCGCCGUCUGCUUUCCUCGAGCCAUACAGCCCCGCCGUGUGGGUAAUGAUGUUCGUCAUGUGUUUGUCGGUGGUGGCUGUCACAGUCUUCAUUUUUGAGUUCUUCAGUCCGGUCGGUUACAACCGCAGCCUGCAAAGCGCCAAAAAGUCUGGCGGAUCCAAGUUCACCAUCGGCAAGUCUGUCUGGCUUUUGUGGGCGUUGGUGUUCAACAACUCAGUGCCUGUGGAGAACCCCAGAGGAACCACUAGCAAGAUCAUGGUGCUGGUGUGGGCCUUCUUCGCUGUCAUUUUCCUGGCGUCCUACACCGCAAACCUGGCCGCCUUCAUGAUCCAGGAGGAGUACAUCGACACUGUGUCAGGACUCUCGGACAAGAAGUUCCAGCAGCCCACUGAGCAGUACCCCCCUCUUCGCUUUGGCACCGUGCCCAAUGGCAGCACAGAAGAGAAUAUCCGUUCCAACUAUCCCAACAUGCAUCAGUACAUGAUCCGAAACAACCAGAAGGGAGUGGAGGAGGCCAUUGAUAAUCUCAAAACAGGGAAACUGGACGCUUUCAUCUAUGAUGCUGCAGUGCUCAACUACAUGGCCAGGAAGGAUGAAGGCUGCAAGGUGAUGACCAUCGGCUCCGGCAAGGUGUUUGCCACCACGGGUUACGGCAUCGCCCUGCACAAGAACUCCCGCUGGAAAAGACCGCUGGACCUGGCACUGUUGCAGCUGGUGGGAGACGAUGAGAUCGACAUGCUGGAGCGUCUUUGGCUGUCUGGCAUCUGCCACAAUGAUAAGAUCGAGGUGAUGAGCAGUAAGCUGGACAUUGACAACAUGGCGGGGGUCUUCUACAUGCUGCUGGUGGCCAUGGGUCUCAGUCUGCUGGUGUUUGCCUGGGAACAUUUGGUCUACUGGAAGCUACGACACUGCGUGAAGAGAUCCGGCGGGAUGGACUUCCUCUUGGCUCUCAGCAGGGGGAUGUACAGCUGCUGUCAGUUUGAAGAUGAGACAAUGCCAGGGGCCAGAAAAAGUUCUCUGCCACAGUACCACUCAGUGACCAACAUGCCCACCAUAGCUCAGCAGCACCUGGUUACAGCCACAGUAAACAACACCGCUGCCAUCGCCAUGGUGCAGCAACAGCCGCCAAAGCAUGCCCAAAAGCAGCCACAAGGGCAGACCUACACCACAAUGCUGCCAGGAUCGCCUCCGCCCAUAGGACAUUCGGCAGUAGCUCUUGGACCCUCAAACAGUCCUCUUUUUGAAGGCCCCAUGCCCUGCUCGACCUUCCUGCCUCGCCAUGACCGCCGACUUGCAGUUGUAGAUCGCUGGAACAGACCGAAACCAGAAAAGAUCACGAGUGCAGGCAGUGGUGCAAGUUUGGGUGUUGGGGGGAUAGCCGGAGGCAUCACUGAACUCCAGGCCCAGUACCAGCACAACCUGGGACAACACUGGAAAAUGCAUGGUGGAGUGGGUGACAGCGGGCUUGAUGAGUAUAAGCGUUACUAUGGUCCUAUUGAUCCAGAGGGACUGGUGGCAAACUCAGACCAACAGGUAGGAGGCACCCAACAGACCCCCAAAGCUAAUCCCAGAGGACUUAAAGCCCCUGGAAUGCUGCGCCAGCCUCCAAAAGGCCUCGGACCCUCAAUCAGUAAGCCUCCACCGCCAAUCCCAUCCUCUCCACGAAGGCCUCCCUUCUGGAGACGUGGAAGCCUUGCUCAGGCGAGGAGAAAGAGCUCAGGAGGUCCUCUUUAUGAGAACAUCCUCCCUUUGGGGAGGAGAGGAGGUGGCAGGUAUGGAGCAAGUGAAGUAGGGGGAAGGAGGGCACGACGUCCUCCGCCACCUCCCCCUCUGCUAGUCCCCCUCUCUUCCCCAACACAUACCCCUACCACGCCCUUAUCCCCUUGCCGUUUUUACUCCACCGGCUCCAGCGCCUCAUCAUCUUCCUCUUCGUCCACAUCUUCCUCGUCCUCUUCUUCAUCCUCUGCCACGGUCUCCCGCUCCAAUUCCCCAUCUUCAUCUUGUUCCAGCAACAGCUCGUACAACUCCUCGUUGAGCUUCCGCUAUCGAGCAGGGGAUCGCGAUUUCGCAGUAGAGGAUGACUACGACUCCGAUCUACUCACAGAAGAGUCCAGUCUUCUCCUGGGGUCACGGCAGAAGAUUCGCUCCCGUCGCAUGUCAUCCCGCUCGCUGCCGUGCAGCCCACCACCUGUCCCACCUCGCAAGCCACGUCCCCAGAGAGAAUAUGGCCACGAGAGAAGGAGCAGCCAGCUGGCACAGUUGCAGGAGUGGUGGGCGUCUUGGGGUGACAGAGAAAGGGGGAGGUCGGGGACAACCAACCAGGGGGAUACAACAGGGGUGCGAGAUGAAAAGAGGCAACGCAAAGAGAGGGAUCGUGAGAACAAGAGGAGAAAGAAAGGUAGGAAAAAGAAGAAGAGGGAAGACAGAGAGAGAGAAAGGGAGCGAAAGCGGCGCAAAGCCAAGAAGAAGAAAAAGAAAGAGGAAAAAUUGAAGAAAAAGGAGAGAAAGAGAUCAGAGCAGGAGGGAGGAGAUACUGACAAAAGAGAAGAGGCCAAACCAGGCACACCUGACUACCCGUCGUACCUGCACCUGAGGAGAGAGUCAUUUCGCAAAAAGAGUGAGAGCUCAGUCAGAAGCUACGGAUGGAACAUUCCGGGCGAAGACGAUAGAAAGGAAAGAGAUGAAAGAGAUGAUGGAAAGGAGAGGCACCACAGACGCAGGAACAGCAAACAUUAUCAUACCUCCAGCAAUAAGCCUUCAACAUCCGUCAAGUUCUGGGGAGGGAACAUCUCCUCCGACACAAUUCCUUCGACUUUCCUUCCCUUGUUACCUGUCUCCUCGAAACGUAGGAAAAGUAAAAGCUCAGACAGGGAUGCUGUGGGAGUAGAAGGAGAAAGGAAGCCAUUGCUGGGACGGAAUGGCAGAGGUGAAAUGCACUCUAAGGAGGGUUUGUCCUUCCAUGAGUGGGGAUCAGAAAUAGAAGAAGAUGAAGAGUCUGAUCAAGAGAGGAGGAAAGACGCGGGUGUGAAGAGGCAAGCUCGGACCUUGUCUGACGAGGACAGAGAGCGUGACAAGGUGGUGGGGAUAUACUCUGAUGAUGAGGGCUCUUCUGGGGAGUUUGGGAAGUUUGAGAGGUAUUGGGAUGGUCAUGACGGCAGGGCAGUGGGAGGCAUUGGAGGUGGUGGGUGGUUUUUUAGCACCUUCCCCUCCAGGGACAAAGCUGGCAGCAUCAACAGUAGAGAUGAUUUGUUCCUGGAGCGAGGAGAGAGGUGGGGUACAAGAGAAAGUGGAUGGGGUCCCAGGGAAAGAGGGUGGGGGUCAGGGUCGCACUGGCCACCAUCUCCACUCACACCCCCACCACCACGACGAUACUGGUCAGUGGACAAGCUCCACAUUCAGGAUGAGAAGAAGAAGAAACGGAAGUCAAAGAGCAAGAGCAGAGGAAAUCCGGGGUGUUCUUCCUGCCAAUCCCACAGGGACCACCCACAUUCAACUAAGUGGGCUCGCAUCACCUCCCGCAGCCAAGAAGAGCUCUACCCUCACUGCCAGAAGCCUAAACAUGACUCUUCAUCCUCCUCCAAGCCAGAUCGUUCACAGAAUCCAUCAAAAUCCAUAAGUCAGUUGAACCUUAGCAUUCAGCAGCGGGCACAGAGAACAGAGAGAGACAGAGGGAGACUCGAAUCCCCACCUUCUAACUUACCAGCCCAACUUCCUGCCCUUCAAGCGCCUCCAUCCUCAGCUCACCCAAUCCACGCUCCCCCCCUUACCUCUUCCUCCUCAGUGUCCUCCCCUUCCGUGGUGUCGUCCACUCCGGGAGCCCCUCAGCCUUCUUCCAUCGCUUCUGCAAGUGCCAAAUUGCAGUACCAGAGAUUGCGCUCUGUUCCUCAGCCUCAGAGGUUCCCUCAGUCUCCUCUGUUACCUCUGAAAGCCACGGCGCUUUGCUCGCGAAGGGGGUCAGCCCAUUUCUCCAGCGUGGAGAGCGAGGUGUGAUGGUAGCGGGAUGUCAUAAGUCAGAAAAUACACUCAGUCCUCUCUGAGGCUCCGCACAAAACAAGCAGAUACAAAACAAGCUCUUUCAUUCCUCUCGGAACAAAACCCACACAAACAUUUUGCAUUAGAAGUGGGGCAAUCAAUCAUCCCAGCUGAAGGACACUCCUUUGCUACAGACAGUAAAGGGCUUUGGGUGUUGGAGCAGAACAGUCAUUUGUAUUCAUCAUGCUUACUGAGGGCUCAGGAACUUUCUAGUACUGUAUGCCUGCCGCUCCUGGAAGCCUUUAACACAACACUGUUCUUCUUUGCCCCUUAAAAAAUGCUUAUCCCCAUUUCCCCUGAAAAACUGUUUACAUCCCCGCAGAACUGUGACGCCCAUCAAAGGCACCUUCCCUCCUUGUGUGUAAUCAAUACCUUCUUGUUUGGAGGGAGAGAAGCCUGAUAACUUUGUUUGCCAUAUUGUCUCUUUCCUCUAGAACGUUCUCUGCUUUACCUUUUCCCCCCGCCUCGUUAACUGUCGCCAUCCUCUCUUCUCAAUGUGAUUCUCGCGUCUUUGUGCUUUUCUGUGUUUGUAUACUGACAACAGGGUAAGUCAAAUGUGACUGCUGGCUUCAUCAACAGUCUUAGCGCUCCUAAGUAGGCGCGUAUACGCACUGGCACACGCAUUCAAGGGCACAUAUUACACGCUAGGACGCUAAGUAAAGUCUCCUCAUCUCCUGUUUCCCGAGCAAUACAUCCUUCACCCUAUGUUGGCAUACGUGUUUGACUUUAACAGCUUUGCGUUCCUCCUGUGUUGUCGUCGUUAUUGAUGUUGAUCUAUAUGAAUCUAUAUAUCGAGAAAUGUAUUGAGUCUAAUACAAUGUAAGCACUGUGCCAUACGACUCAAGCUUGAGUUCCCGUAAAACAUUCGCCGGACUACCUACUGUAAGUACGACAGCAGAAGCCCCUCGUAUUCGACUGAAUGUAAAGUCAGCCACCCACGUGUGUGCUGCCACAAGUAACACACUUGAAAACGGACUGUAGCGUUACAGCAAGGAUAACCUUGUUAAGCUAAUAUGGUGGCUAUUGAGGGUAGGGUUGCCAACUGUCCCGUAUUUAGAAACAGAAAGACCUAUCUCAUAUAGCUGAGAAGGGACGCACCACAGUAUGUCCUGUAUUAUAUCAAAAAUAUUCUAUAAAAUGUUAAUGGAUUCAACUAACAAUGCCACUCUAGUUAGCUAGAGCUAGCUGUCGGUGCUAGCUCUAUCUAGAGUGUUAUGUCUAUCUUCUGGUCUUUUGGCUCCAAAUGACGUUUUAUCGCAGUCAUAUUUUGUCUUUUAAAAAAAGAAGUCAUUUUGUUAGAUCAGAGCUCAUUUGUAUCAAUCGGGUCGGCCGGUCUUGCCGGUCAACAAGUUGUCCCUUAUUUAUUUUUCAGGGAGUUGGCAACCCAAAUCGAGGACUGUAAGGGUUAGCAGCAUUUCAAAAUCUAGAUUGCAACCCAUGUUUGUAGAGCAUUUAACGUGACAGCAAGCGUCUGCUAGACGGUGCUACACAGUUAGACAAGGCCAAGGGUUGUUGCAGGGAAACGUGUACAUGUAGCCUUAUGCUGCUCCUGCCAUAUGUACGAAGGGUUAAGUUCUGUUUGGAGUGUGUACACUAUUUUAAUCAAUACACUAUCAUUACAUGGAAGUGCCGUUCUGAUGUCAAAGAGACAGUGCCUAUGUGGAAUGCUAGCUAGCAGCGGAGUGGUGUACGGAAUGAAUGAUACGGCGGCGCCUCCUGUGAACUUUUUAAACUCUUUCUCACCUAAGUAAGCACGUUUUUUUUUAACCCGCGAGCGAGCUGACACCAGCAGCUACACACCCGAGUAGCUCGCUACUUGCGCAAUGCCGGACACGAGCAGAAUGCUUUAGACGCUUUACAUGUUGAGUUUGCCUGGAACUGCAUCUGAGCCAUUAUUUACAGGAACAGGAGAGUUUGGUGCAAAAAGUUUAUUUGCCUAAAUUUAAGUAUACAUACAUAUAUUUACUUAUAUAUGUAUCUGUGGCAGUGUUGUUAUUGUUUGUCAUCAUUAUGCGACAAUAAUGGACCUCCAAAAAAGACUGACUUCCCCAAAGGGUAAAUUUUAAAAUAUAUAAAGAAGCAGUUCUUACUUUGGCCAGCUAGUGGUAUUAGUUUGCGUUUAAAAAGGGACACCAUUUGCCCUGCUUUGUUUUGUUCAUUAUGGUCCUCUACACUUGUAAUGCUUUAAAAAAAAAAGAAAGAAAAAUAUGUGAUCUAUUCGUCUAGAUAUAUAUGAUAGUAUAUGUUCUAUAAUAAGUUUGUCAUUAAUCUGGAUGAUAUUUUUGUGUGUUUGUCCCCUGACCCCUUGAGCCCCCGCCACAAAGACCACCAUAACUGUUCUUGCUUGAGGUUGUUAGCCAGUGGCGGUUGUGGGGGAGGGGCGCCAGUGUCUUAUGACCAUGUCACUGUAGCGGCGGUGGUGAGCGGCAUUUGUCCACCUUGAGGGGCCUUUUCUCUACGCUAUAUGUCAUUUUGAGAAUAAAGCAGCUUUUUAACCACACACCCUCUAAACGGCAUGUAGCGAGCCACCUUUUGCAUACGCCAUCGCUUAGCUGUGACACCACGCCCCCUUCACUGCCCCGCCCAACAUAUUGACUUGCGUUGUCCCGCCCAUCUGCUUUGCCAACAAGCAAACAUGACGGUUUGUUUUUUUCUUCUUUCAUGUGAGGGGGGCGCAGCUUCCUCUGAGGCUUUAACUGGUCAGAGCAGGGCGCUUUUUAAACUUUAAAUAUGGAUAACAUCUUUAAAAAAAAACAACCUUGUGUUUAUGUGAUCCCUGGCAUUACCACUUAAAGCCUGCAGGGGGAGACAGCUGACCGAUGAUUACCAGAUGAAUCUGGCUGAGCUACACACACAAGCAAGAAUGAUGACAGUCAUGUUAUGACGGAUGAUUUUAAUAAAGAACUAUAUCUAAAUAUUUUAUUGUGUCUUAAAGGCUCUGAAUAGAUAUCUUCCUUGUGUAUUUUCGACUACAAACCCGUCAUGCAGUGUGACAUCAAUCUCACUGCUCUACAUUAAAGGUGCUGUUUGCCACUUCCUCACAGUAACAUCUUCUAAAGCCAAAAAUUAACACC